CAAAAACCUAAACACCUAAUAAAAUUUUGUCUUUGCGCAAUUAGCGCCAUAAAAAUAGAAACCAAAUCCGUGUAUUAUUAGACACAGACUUGUAGGUAGAUAGAAAGUGCCACCAGCAGGCUUACAUCACGAACUCUUGGUUUCCGCGAAUGGCAAGUAGCAGUCGCGCUCCAAACAUCUUGUAACCUCGCGUUAUUUUCACAAAGCGUCGCAUUUUGUUACUGAAAGUGGACCGAAGUAGUGUGCUGUGCGACCCUUAACCUAAUAAUUCGCUAUUAGGUCAGGAGGAACUAAGUUUAGAUAUCCGUUAUAACGAAAUUCGGUCAAUUUCUUUUCUGGGACAAUGAACAAGGAUGCUGCCCCCCCACCGUACAGCCCGCCCCCGUCGGCGCCCCCCAGCUACGCACAAGCCGUCGGGGGUGUGCCCCCAACCAGCCCCUAUAUUCCACAUCACAACUUCAUGAAAGGACCUCCAAUCCUUACAACUGUAGUGCCUGUAGGUCCCGAACCCACGCACAUGAUUUGUCCACAUUGUCAUGCAGAAAUCGACACCACGACAUACACCAGACCCGGAAAUAUCGCCUAUAUUGCGGCCACUUUAAUAUGUCUAAUGGGAUGUGCCUUCGGAUGCUGUUUGAUCCCCUGUUGCAUCGACAACUGCAUGGACGUCCACCACACCUGCCCCAAUUGCAAAGCAUAUCUUGGAAAAUAUCGACGAUAAAUCGCAUUUUUAUUUUUUUUUCUCUUUAUUCGUACUAAUAUCAUAUGCCAUUAAUACUCAUUAAAUCGUGCAUUUUAUACA